UCCUCACAUGGUUUACUUCUUACAACCACCUUCUUCCGGUACCUCUUCAGCAACCACCACCGCCGCCCGCCACCACCGCUGCCGCCACCACCACCACCGCCAUCGUCUUACCAUAAUAAGAAAACUUGUUUUUAAAAAAUGGCAAGCAAGCAUAAGAAAGGAGUAAUGCUGCACGUGUACAAACUAGACACCGGAGGCCACCACCCUCCACCGCCACCCAAGAAAGGCGGUUCCCGGAGUUGGGGACUACUAAAAAGAUCGAAAACCUACCGGGAAUCCGACCUGAAUUAUGAGAAAGAAGAAAAGAAAGAAGUAAUUCAAGAAUCCACAAGAAAAUCUGUUUCGGUUAUUGAGGGAGGGAGGAACUCAAUCUCGUUAAUGGAGUUUGGGGGGCGGAGAUCGGUGGGGAACACGGCGGAGAUGAGCGUGGGACCGGUAGCGGCUUUACUGCAAGUGAGGGUUUUGGUGACGGACAUGCCGGCCUUCAUGCAAAUACAUGCAUUUCGGUGUGCUAGACAAACGUAUGAUAGUUUAGAGAAAUUUAGCCCUAAACAAAUUGCACUUAACUUAAAAAAGGAAUUUGACAAGGUGUAUGGGCCGGCCUGGCAUUGCAUUGUAGGCUCUAAUUUUGGAUCAUUUGUGACCCAUGCAACCGGGUGUUUUCUCUAUUUCUCCAUGGAAAAAUUGUAUAUUUUAGUUUUUAAAACAAAAGUUAAAAAAAGUGUAAAUUAAUUUAUACUAAGAUGAUUCUUUUUAAAUAGCCUAUGAAGUAUCAAAACUGUAUUUACAUACUUUUUUACUUUAGUUCAUCAUUGUUGCGUAACUAUUAGUUUGUUUGAAA